ACAACAGGAAAAUGUCGUGCAAGUUUUUUCUACUGUGCUUUACUACGGUUUUAAUAAACAAUGGUGUUGUUUAUGGGGAUAAGGACUCAGCUCCGCGUCCAAAUGGACAGACUCCUGUAACGGUGACCCCUUCAGGAACCAUUCGUGGUUCUUGGAUGGAGACGCGGCGUGGACGACGCUUCGAGGCGUACCGAGGCAUCAGAUAUGCUGAACCACCAGUUGGAGAACUCCGCUUUCAGCCACCAAAACCGAUCCUCCAUUACAAGGGAGAAGUGGACGCUAGGGAGGAAGGCCCGGCCUGUCCUCAACCAGUUGAAGGAGACUACUACAUCGAUGAGGACUGCUUGAGAAUCAACGUUUACACUCCGAAUAAUAAAAGCAAGAAGCCUCUGCCGGUAAUAUUCUACAUGCACUCUGGAGGUUUCUACUCCAUAUCGGGGCGGAGCGACGUCGCCGGGCCCCAAUACUUCCUGGACCGCGACGUGGUGCUGGUCACCAUCAACUAUAGACUGGCUUCAUUAGGAUUCCUCAGUACCGGUGAUGAGGUUGCUCCAGGAAAUAAUGGCUUCAAAGAUCAGGUGGUGGCGCUACGCUGGGUGCAGAGAAACAUCCGCGCCUUCGGUGGAGACCCCAACCUGGUCACCAUCUCUGGCUGCAGCGCCGGCUCCUUCAGCGUCAUGCUUCAUAUGAUCUCACCUAUGUCUAAAGGGUUAUUCCACCGCGCUAUAUCAAUCAGUGGGUCACCCAUCUCACAAGUAGCAGACACUCAUGACUUGAAAGAUCUGGCCGUGAAACAAGCGGAACUGUUAGGGUGCCCUACCAACAGCUCUCGAGCCAUUGUGGAUUGCCUGAAGACGAAGACCUUCAGAGAAAUUGGCAACUCAUUGGAAGGUUUCUUUCUUCCUGGAUACGAUCCAGUUCUGGUGUGGACACCAGUUGUGGAGCUGGACUUUGGACAGGAGCGGUUCCUCACAAUGAAGCCGUUGGACGCGGUCCGGCAGAACAAGAUGCAUGCUGUGCCAUUCAUCAUCAGUCAGACACAAGCGGAGUUCUUCUGGAAAGCAUUCACCGUACUCAGAAACCAGGCAAUUCUUGACUCAAUGAAUUCCGAAUGGGACAGAAUAGCGCCCAUUGCUUUCGUGCUGCCCAAGGACCAGACCGCUGUGCCCUCAGCCAACCGGCUCCGGCAGGGGUACCUGGGCGGUAGACGGCUGGUGAACGACUCGUUCACGGCUGACGGGCUGGGGAAGCUGUAUGCUGACUCACUCAUAGGCUUCGGUGUACACAGAAUGGCUAACCUGAUGUGUCGCCACUCGCCCCAUAAAGUGUACUAUUACGAGUUUGCGUACACUGGUAACCGAAGCCACUACCAAGAUCCUACCACUGGAAAACCUAUAGCGGCUGCUCACCACGACGACCUGAUCUACCUGUUCUCUCUGACCGCCUCGUUCCCCGACAUCCGCGCCGGCGACACCCUCGACUCGCAGAUGGUGGACAGGAUGACAGCCAUCUACUACAACUUUGCUAUUCAUGGUGAUCCAAAUCCUCGAGGAAACGAGUUCCCGGAACUGUCUUCUUUACACUGGCCCCCCAUGACGCCUACUCAACGCAAGUACCUACGCAUCGGUAGCCAGUUUGAAGUUAGGGAGAAUCUCUUCGAAGACAGAUUCAAAAUAUGGGAGGAACUGUACCCUAUACAGUAUUAGGAACUGUGAUACUUAGUGAUAACAUGUAACUUUACGUUAUAUAUGGUGAUACUUUAUUAAUUUAUUAGAUAUCAAACGACUCUUUGAAAAUAUUGGUGUCUAUUUUUUUAUUUUGCAU